AUGGAGACCCCGGGAGCCACCAAGUCGGAAACAUACCAGGUUUCAGACGAUGAAUCUGUCCAUUCUUCACGGGUUGAAAUGGGCAUUUUCAUCUCUCCACAGCAUGAUGAGCGAAUACCGCAAUACUGUAAUAUCGACCCCUCGGCCCUCGCGGUCACUAAUGCGACCUACAAUAUGCCUAUAUCGCCGCCCUAUGCUUCGAUGCCAUCCCUGACGCCAUUACAGUCCUGGCCCACUAUGCCUCCGCAUCAAUCACCUUCCCACGAAAUGAGAUUAUCAUCAGGCCUGAUCCCACCAUUCGCUCUAAGCUCAUCGCUGACGCCUUCUGUUCUCGAGACAUCUACCGGGCGUCUAAUCCGGUGUAGAAAACUCACCGUCGAGGACCGACGACAAAAAAAGGAACACCACAAAUGUGACGACCGAAGCCGCUAUCCAGUCACACAGACCAUUGGCCGGGUUCCUAAUAUCAAAAAGGCGCUUUUCAACUGGGCAAAGAACUGCCGGCGCAAGGGACUCCCGUUAAAUGAUGACAUUAUCAUGGAUAGGGCGCUUUCUUGGGCCAACGACUGCAGGCUUCCCGAAGCUAAGAUGACAGAAUUGAACAAGCAAUGGCUGGAGAAGUUCAAUCAGGAAACCAACUUGUUCUUCGUCCAAGAUUCAGAUCACGCAAACACCGAGGAGCCACACCCGAGUAGGAUAUCUGAGUCACUCCUGAAAGUUGGUACCAAGGAAGCCUGUACAGCCUUGGAGGAGAAUGACCCAGCAAGCGUGAUAAAUCAGCAAUGCAACAAGACCAUGCACUCGCCUCCGGCAAGUCGCAAUUCCAAAAUUGUCUCGCAUACCAGCGCCUGUGGAUGUUGUGACAAGGAUGAGAUAAGAUAUGCCAUGGACCUGGUUGUGAGAUACUUCCAGCAUCAACAUGCGGGCCUGUCUUCCGAGGAACAUAAGAUCAUCGGCGGUAUUAUGAAACGCCUCGAGCAUGGCCAUGGAGGUCUUGCCGCAUAA